GUCCAUUAGAGCCAGCAGGGGGAGGCGAAGUAGAAAAGAGAACACUUAUUCAGUGGGAACUAAAGAGAGAGGGAGACUCAGCCAGUACGAGAGAAAGAGAGAGGGGGAGUCAGUUAGUGCGAGAGAAAGACUUUGUUAGGAGAGUGAGCUCAUUCGGAAUUGACAAGAAGUAAAAACUCUAGGUUUGUAUCCAAUAUAAUAUACAACCAAACUUCAAUUUCACCAUCAAAAAUCGUGUAUGUGGACUACAUAUCACCCUGGGAUUUAGCUACAAGGAAGUGCAAAGAUGUCUGGGCAAAGCAUUACGGACAGGAUAACCGCAGCUCAACACAGUGUUACCGGAUCUGCGGUGGCAAAAACUGUGUGCAAGGCGACUACGCAUGAAAUUAUGGGGCCGAAAAAGAAACAUUUAGAUUACUUGAUCCACUGCACCAAUGAGAUGAAUGUGAACAUCCCCCAGCUGGCAGACACGUUGUUUGAGAGGACGGCCAGCACCAGCUGGGUGGUGGUCUUCAAGUCUCUCACCGCCACCCACCACACCAUGGUCUACGGCAACGAGAGAUUUAUACAGUACAUGGCUUCAAGGAAUACGCUUUUCAACCUCAGUAACUUUUUGGACAAAAGUGGCCUGCAAGGCUAUGACAUGUCAACGUUCAUAAGGAGAUAUAGUCGCUACCUGAAUGAGAAGGCUGUGUCGUAUCGACAAGUCGCUUUUGACUUUACAAAAGUUAAACGAGGGGCGGAUGGCGUUAUGAGAACCAUGAACACAGAGAAGUUACUAAAGACCAUACCUAUUAUCCAAAACCAGAUGGAUGCGCUACUUGACUUCAACGUCAACGCCAACGAGCUCACCAAUGGAGUGAUCAACGCGUCCUUCAUGCUUCUGUUUAAAGAUUCCAUUCGACUGUUUGCGGCCUACAAUGAAGGCAUUAUCAACCUGCUGGAGAAGUACUUUGACAUGAAGAAAACUCAAUGCAAGGAGGGCCUUGACAUCUACAAGAAAUUCCUCACUCGAAUGACAAGAAUCUCUGAAUUCCUCAAAGUAGCAGAGCAAGUAGGGAUUGAUCGAGGGGACAUCCCAGACCUCUCCCAGGCCCCCAGUAGCCUCUUAGAUGCCUUGGAGCAGCAUUUGGCUUCUUUAGAAGGGAAGAAGGUGAAAGAUUCCACAGCAGCCAGCAGGGCUAGCACACUCUCCAACGCUGUCUCCUCUUUGGCCAACACGGGCAUAUCUUUCACCAAAGUGGACGAGAGGGAAAAACAGGCAGCUCUGGAGGAAGAGCAGGCUCGCCUAAAAGCGCUAAAGGAGCAGCGUCUGAAAGAUCUCCAGAAGGGGCCUUCUUUCUCUGCCACCACGGCUGCCUCCCCUGUGUCAAUGGACGGUGGGACCAUCAACACAGCACCGGCCAUCGACCUCUUCUCCACGCCCAGCUUCGCAAACAGCACUUCCAGGGCGGCGAGCGACCUGCUGGACUUGCAGCCUGCGUUUCAGCAGCAGGCACUGCCCAUCUCCACUGGCCUGCCGACAGCCAACACAUGGGGAGACUCCUUCUGUGGGCCAGAAUCUUACCCUACCACCCCUCUCUUUCAAUCUGAGCCCCCUGCUGUAGCUGGUCUAUUUGGAGGGUUCUCAGCAUCUCCCACACUGCAGCCUCAGACUGCCAGAGGCCUUAAUGUCGACUUUGACUCUGUGUUUGGCAACAACGUGGACUCGGCUGGUGGCAUCCUCAAACCCACAGUGGCCUCCUUGCCCGGCCAGGGGCUAAUCCCCAGCGGGCAGCAGCCUGGGAAGCUGGUGUCCGACGACCUGGACUCGUCCUUGGCCAACCUUGUGGGCAAUUUGGGAAUUGGCAAUGGCGUGGCAAAAAAUGAUAUUCAUUGGAGUCAGCCUGGUGAGAAGAAGUUGACGGGUGGAAACAAUUGGCAACCAAAGACUGCUCCCUCUACCACAUGGAACCCUGCCACCAUGGCACCAUCUGUCAUGGCCUUCCCUGCAACGACGCCGACGGGAAUGAUGGCAUAUGGAAUGCCUCCCCAGAUGGGUUCCAUGGGCAUGAUGACCCAGCCCACUAUGAUGUACAGCCAACCAGUCAUGAGGCCGGCCAACCCCUUUGGCUCGGCCCCAGGAGCACAGCCCUCGGCAGCUUCUAGUCCUUCCAGUCAGAGUCCUCUCAGAGCACCAGGAAAGGACCCCUUUGCACAACUCUCUCUCAAGGAUUUCUUGUAGAACCUCUUUAGAUGCAGUUCAUGUAACCUAAAAAGGAGGCUUUUGCCCUCCGAAGACAAACCAUGAAGCAGCGAGACUAACUUUCAAGCAAAAUCCAGUUAGCUGUUAUACUCCUCGUCGAGAAUAUCAGCACAAAUAAGGACUCGAGGGGAAACCAUGUCCAAGAGGCGUCAAGUAUAGGACACGGAUCCCAUUUUGUAAUUUGUCUUCCGAGAAACAGUGUGCGCUGCCAUUCUAACCUCUCUACAGGGAUCACUCAUCCCAUUUGUCUUCUGUAAAAGAUACAAAUGGUUGUGGAAAGGGAGACAUUUUGACUUUGCUGUUAUGUAUGGAUAAUAGUGGUUUAUCACAGAAUUGCUUGAUCCGAUCAUCAAUCGUACAUUAUCUAAUUUAACCAUAACUGAUUAGUAAAGCUAACCUCUUAAUACCAUGAUUUUCAAAAAAAUUAUGUAUUACAUUUGCAGUAGACAUUCCUUGUGCAUUGUUUAUUUAUUUAUACCCACGGAGGAUAUGAAAUAGAAAAAAAUGAAUGACAUUGAACUCUUUGUGGGAGGUAUUCAGGUGUAUACAUGGGUAUGAUUUGAUUUGUAUAAUUGGAGUUUGAGUGUGAGUAAAAAAAAUUAAAAAUAAAAGUUAAUAUAAAGAUGGAAAAAUGUAACCGACUGAACCAGCAUAAUGUCAAGCACAGUUUUUAGUAGCUCAGUCACUACCCUGGGGUGAUAUUGGCAUAAAACAAGUGUAAUGAUUCAACUGUCAAUUCUGUGAGCUAGGGUCUUUUUUUUCUUAAGGGAACAUUUUCACUCACUUGCAAAGCACUACGUUUGAUUUGCUGGCAUUGCGUUGGGAACGAUCCACAUUUAUGCUUUACACUUGGCAUGUAAUUUAUUUUACAUGGAACAAUUCUAUGGCUGCCUUUCCAAAAUGAAUGUGCAGAGUGUCCUUCAUGCUCAGGCCAUCUUUACAUAGACCAGCAUUGGGGUUGGGGGAAAGGUGGUGGUCACAGGAGGCAGGGGAAAGAGCUGUGGUUGUCACUGGUCAGCUCUAAGUGUCGGAUCUGGGUUGAAAUACUAUUUGAACUCUUUUAAAUACUUUGUUUGCUCUAGCUUGUCUACAGUGCCAGAAGGGCUGGGUUAGCAGUUUUGGGACUAUUCUAUUGGUCUAUUAAGCCAUACAAGAUCAAUCAAGCACAGAUAAAGUAUGUUAAAUGAUUUAAUAUUUGAAUAAAUGUCGGGUAAGUGGGCAGUAGGGUCCAGUUGAGCAGGGGGGGAAAUGGAGCACUGUUGAUCGGUGCUUUGUGUAUAUAAAAUGGAUCAUUUCCAUCAUGGUGGUGGGUGGGAUAUGUGCAGGAUGGUCAGAACAUGAAGGUUAUUCUAUUCAUCAAAUUAGCAUUUUAACGGCAUUGUACCUGCAGAUUUAUAUUUUUGUUUAUAUUAAAUAUAUAAAUAAAUGUAUGCAGAAUUUGGUAGAUUUUUUUUUCUCAAUAAAGUGCAGCUUCCACAAAGUGUUUUGCAACUA